AUGCAAAAAAAAAUCGUAGGUCCAGCCUGUGGACGAGCCAAAGAAUGUAGCAGUAACCUGCUGUGUUAGACAAAUCUGUACAAAUAAACACGGAAUAAGCAGAGUGAGGAGUAACUUCUGAUUGACAGGAGGAAAAUCGUAAAUUGAUGUGACCUCAGUGGAUCGGUCAACUUGAAGCCCCUACAGUCUCCUGUGUCAUAAGUCAACACCAGCACGAAAGAACCCGAGGAACCCGGACCCCAGGACUCACCCGAGCAGGAAGGAGCGGUUUCAGAAGGGGACGGUUUUCCACUCCAGGGCGGCUCCAGUGCCAUGUUCCCUGUGAUCCGGGCGUGAAACCCCUGAGCUGCAGAUGGAGCUGAAGGUGUGGGUGGACGGAGUGGUGCGGGUGGUGUGCGGCCUGUCUGAAGAGACUUCCUGCCAGGAUGUGGUCAUCGCCCUGGCGCAGGCUAUUGGUCAGACGGGCCGCUAUGUUCUGAUCCAGAGACUGAGGGACACGGAGAAGCAGCUGCUGGCCAAUGAGAGGCCGCUGGAGUCGCUGGCCAAGCUGGGCCAGCUGGGGAACGAGGUGCAGUUCUUCCUGCGGAGGACGGGUCCCAGCAGCAGCGACGGGCCAGCGCAGAGCCGGGGGCCCCCCCUCCCCAAACUGUCCGAGCCCGAGCCCCCGAAACGCCGGGAGCCCAAGAAGUCCCUCACCUUCAACCUGGGGCCCACCAGCUCCCCUCAGACCAAACUCAAGCACUUUAGAAAGCCGCACAGGGACUCCCCCGAGCCCAGGGCCUCCCCCCCUCCCCCGGCCGCCGCCGCCGCCGCCGCCGCCGGGCCGUCUAAGGAGGAGGUGUUCCGGAAGGUUCUGGUGCAGCAGGAGCGUCUGCAGGCCCUGGAGGCGCAGCUGGAGGGCCUGGAGCAGGAGGUGCAGGUGUGGGAGCAGCCCCCGGCGCUGGACCCGCGGCACAGGGAGGAGCUGGAGCUCCUGCAGGAGGAGGCGCGGCGGAACGAGGCGGAGCUGGCCCUGGAGGAGGUGCUGGAGCGGGAGCUGCAGGCGGAGGCGGAGGCGGAGCGCCGUCUGCGCGGUCGCCUAGGCGACCUGCACGCCAAGAUGGACGACUGCAGCCGGCGACUGCGCGACUUCCACAGCCGCUCUGCGCAGCUGGAGCGCGACAUUCAGCAGGAGGCGCGCGCCUCCUCCCGGCCCCGCACCCCCACCCCCGACCAGCAGCUGGGCACCGUCAGGGUGGAGCUACAGGCCCAGCAGCACCAGGGGGCAGAGCUGGAGGCAUCCAUCACAGAGAUGGAGAAAGCGCUGGGGGAAGCAGAGGCUGUGCUGCAGGUGAAGAAUGAGGAGCUGGAUGAGCUGAACAAGGAGCUGAGGCAGUGCAACCUGCAGCAGUUCAUCCAGCAGACGGGCGCCCUGCCCAGCCAAUCACAGGCUCGCACAGACCAGCCUGAGCAGCUGGAGCAGCCGGAGCAGCUGGACGGAUAUAGCAAUGGAGGCUCCCUUUCGUACCCCUCCGAGUCGCCACCCCGCCCCACGGCCAAGCAGUUCAUGGGAAACCCCCGAAAUCUGCAGAACCCCCUGAUCUCCAGCCUGAACCCUGAGGUCCUGACAUCCAGGGAGGCGUCUUGGAGAUAAAACAGGAAUCGCAAGUCCAAGGAUGUGUUCACUGUUCACUCAUUAUUUCACACAUAUUUUAACCCCAUAUUGUUAUUAUAUGUAUAUAUAGCAAAGUAUGUAUUUACUGUAAAAUAUGAAACUUAAUGUGAAUUAUUUUGUGUAUAUAUAUACAUAUAUAUAUUAAAGGAUGUCUCUUUGUGAAA